AUGGAGAACAAAGCGCAGAGGGAAGCGACGUUGGAGAAUAUAGUGAUAGGAGACGGCACGACGACGCCGCAAUACAUGAUACAAAGGGUGCCCGGCGUGCCGGAGAACGCUCAGCUAUUGAGCUCGGCCGAUUUGCUGCAGCAACAGCACGGUUUGGUCGUCGAUUUGGGCGGCAGCGAUUUCAUACCGGUGAGUUACUCUUCGGAGGACCUGCUCUCGCAGGACCUGACCGAAGAGGACAGGAAUCUGGCCGCAGCCUUGGUGGCUGUGCAGCUCAGCCAGCAGCAGAAGCAACAACAAUUGCAGGAUCCCAGUUUGCCCGCUUUGGUGUCUUCCACCAGUUUGGGUUCGAAGAUACUAGAGGAGCCCCAAUUAAUCAUCAGCAGCGAAAAGUCUGGUGGAACCAGUUUCUUGAGGAUCGUAAAUUCCGAUAAUAUAUACGUAGAGCCUCAAACUCUCCCGAAGUUGGUCGAUUCGGUGAGUUUUAGAGCCGUAAAUCCUUCGUUUAACGAAGAGCAACAACCGCCUAUCGAAAAGGCACCGGUUAACGUUAAGAAAGAAGAAGAAAAGGUCGAUUCUGAUAGAGAAUCCUUGAGAAAUGAGCCGAGGUCCUCGAAGAAGAGCCUGCCUCACAAGAAACGCAUCUCGCGCAAGCUGAAGAAGACCCCGGCGUCCUCGAACAACAAGAAGAUCGUCUGCAACCUCUGCGAGCAAUCCUUCAAUUCCAACGAUGAAUUCGCCCAACACGAGCUCCUGUGCCAAACCACAAUCACGCCUGUCAAUCAGGCCAACGCCUUCAAUUGCCAACUUUGCAACGAACCUUUCACCGAGCAACUCAAGUUCUUCGAGCACUUGAAGAAGCAUUACGAGCCGGGCGGCGGGGGCCUGCCCACCCUGCCCAAAGACGCCGGCGAGAAGAAGGCGACCGCGCAGGAAAAGGCCGCCGAAACGGCCGAGAACGAGCGGCAGGAGAGCCUCCUGUCCAGCCUGCUGAAUUUGACCUGCAUCGAAUGCAACAAGACGUUCCGCAGGCAGAAAACCUUCGAGGCGCACAUGCGGGACAUCCACACCAGCAAGCACGAGCCUUUGGACGAAUUCAGCGAACCCGAAGACCUCAUGGACGGUAUCACGAUGGUGGUGGACGCGAACGAGCCGCAGGACGAGGACGAGGACGAUUCGAAGGCUUGGUAUCGCGAAGAGGAGAUCCACCAGACCGAGGAGGAUCUGAAGGAAUUGGAAUCGGUCGGUAACGAUCACAUUUGCCAUUUCUGCAAUCAACCGUUUCCGCUCCGGGCGAUUUUGCUGCAGCAUUUGGUCACCUGCAGGGCCACCUCGGGCAAUAACGAUUCUGCUCCUCUGGCGAUCGUGAAAAAGAUAAACAAAAAGAACAAGAAAAAGGCGAUACAUGAAUGCACUGAAUGCGAUCGAGUGUUCACUCACAAGAACUCGCUAGUUUAUCAUAUGAGAAGCCAUACGGGCAUUCGUCCCCACCAGUGCGACCAGUGCGGCAAGAGUUUCUUCGCUUCCAGUGCUUUAAAGGUCCAUUUGAGACUGCAUUCGGGCGACAAACCGUACAGUUGCGAGCAUUGCGGCAAGCGAUUCAGACAAUGGGGCGAUUUGAAAUAUCACAUAACUUCCAUUCACACCACCGAGAAGAACUUCCAAUGCGAAUACUGCGGCAAGGAAUUCGCCAGGAAGUAUUCCUUGGUCGUGCACAGGAGAAUCCACACCGGCGAGCGAAAUUACAAGUGCGAAUUCUGCGGCAAAUCAUUCAGGGCCUCGUCCUAUCUGCAGAACCACCGCAAGAUCCACACGGGCGAGAAGCCGCACAUGUGCGGCGUGUGCGGCAAGCCGUUCCGCGUCCGAUCGGACAUGAAGCGCCAUCUGAAGACGCAUUCCAAAGGGCUGACGACCACCGCCAAGUCGGUGCGUACGCUGUCCAAAGUGGAAAAGGUGGAGAUCGUCGAGGAAGAGGAGGAAUUGAGCAGCGAAUUGCACAUUGAAGACGAAGAGGCGGCCGGUCAAUUGUUGACCGAAUACACGCAGGAGGAAUUGGACGACGAGAGGACCGUUAGAGUUCCUGCCAAUAGGAAUUUGUACAUCAACGGUCACGAGUUGUUCCUCGUGACGUAUCCGAAUGAAAUAAGAGCUGGAGAGCCUCAAACGUCCACUGCUGCUUGGGUGCACGCGCCGAAUUCUUAA